AUGUUGCGUAACCAAAGGUAUAAUGGUACAAAGGACUAUGCUCAGUCGAAGCUGGCCACAAUUUUACAUGUCAAAGCAUUGAGCAGGCGAUUAAAGGACAGAAAUGCAAACGUAACGAUAAAUGCAGUCCGUCCGGGGAUUAUUAAGACAAGAAUUAUCAGAGCACACAAGGGUCUUUUGAUAGGUGAAAUUAAACCUUACCAUAUCUAUUGCAGUGGAAAGGGAAUCUAA